AUGGGACCUCCGACGCGCGACAUCGAUAUCAAGAAAUACAGUGAAGGAUUCUGGUCCGUUAUCGGUGGAAGUGUUCGAGAACUCAUGCUCGACGAGUGCAAUUGGCGGAGUCGAGUCUUCUACUCGAUCCUCGGGCAAUGCUCUCAGCUGGAGGGUCUCCACAUAUACCUUGGCGAGCGCUCGCUCCUCGAAAUGUCGCCUGAGCAGGUCGAAAAAUUCUCCAGCAUGCGCUCCAGCGUGAAACAUCUCACCUUGUUGGCGAGCAAGCAAGCUACGGCUCCCUUGACCCCCACGAUAUUCGGCCAGCUGCUGAGUACAAUGCCGGCCCUAAAUUCCCUGCAAAUCGAGUGGUGCACGACGCCUUUCGUGAAGUCAGUUCUCUCCAACUUGGUGGAGUCGGGGCGCCGACUGAAGCUCUUCCGCAUCAAAGGGACUUUGCUAGUCGACGAGGGUUUAGUCGGCUUCCUGGAAGCAAAUGCAGAUCAUCUGGAGGAUCUGCGUUUAGAGUCUUGCGUAAAACUUACGGCUAGGGUUUUCGCUGCGAUAAGCAAGUGCACAGCGCUGCGGAACCUGUCGCUUGUGGAGGCUGUCGCUUCGGAGGACAGCCAUCUGGAUGACCUGCGAGCCCAUUCUCCUGGUCUCAGACGUCUCUUCAUGGAGGGAUGUGACCGUGUGACCGGCAAGAGCUUAGCGAGGGUCCACGAAUUCAGGGAGCUUGAUUGGCUGAUUAUCUCGGACUGCGAGUUGAUCAGCAGGGGACCCCGGGUAGAUCUCGGACCCUUCUCACGUUUGAAGCACUUGAGUCUCGAUUUCGCUCUGAGCGGUGCCGACUUCCUCAAGCACGUACUGAAGCCCAAGGAUGUCCGAUCUUUGGAACUAAGCCUGCUGUCUUCGGGGCCAGAGAUCUUCUCCUCCGUCGUCAGAAAUUUCUCAAACUUGGAGGAAUUGGCUGUCAUCCGCUGCGACGAUCUCACCGAUGAACAUGGAGUCAUGCUCAGUGCCCUGAAGAAUCUCCAAUGCAUCAGGAUCUCAAACGCUGUUGGGAUCACCGACCUGAGCUUCGAGCGCGGGAUCGGAUCACGGACAAUGAACGAGAUUGUCCUACACAACUCAAGAAUAACUGAUGUAGGACUCGCAAGUCUAGCCGCCCACCACGACAGACUACAGAACUUGGAACUCAUCGGAUGCGGAGAAAUCACAGACUCUGGAUUGCUUGCUUUACUCCACCGCAAUCCCCUCAUUCAGAAACUGGGCUUGCGCUCUUGCCCAAGGCUAAGAGGGACAUUUUUCGAAGUGCUCGAGAAGGUCUGUCCGCGACUGGAGAACCUCACUGUCGCCGGCCCGGGGAUGAACGAUCGGGCUCUGGAUAGCUUUGCGCAGCGGAAACCCGAAGUCGUUGUUCUCAGGCCCCGGCACGCCAGAGCUCAAUGA